AUGCCAGCAAGUUCGAAUGUGUCUUUUUCUCCGUCGGAUGUCGAACUCGGUGUUGUGAUAACAAUAAAUUCUGUGUUUAGCCUUUGUGGAACAAUCGGCAAUGUUGGUGUUUGCUUGGCAUUCUUAAUGUGCAGGAAUCUUCGAAAUACAACUGGUGCAUACAUCUUCAGUUUAGCUUGUUCUGAUCUAAUUGUUUCUUUUAUCGCACAGCCAAUGUUCAUUGUGAAACUAGUGUUGCAUUGUAAAUUCCAAGUCAACUCUAUGGUGAUGGAAGUGAUCAGAAAAACACUAACAUGGAUUUCACUGUUGGCCUCCAUUGGAAAUCUUCUUGGCGUAACGCUUGAUCGAUAUUUUGUCAUCUUCCAUCCAUUACGUUAUACAGCGAGAAGUCAAAAAAACAUGGUUUUCAUGAUACUGACAGCAAUAUGGACGAUUGCUUUCGUUUUGGGCAUUCUAACAGCUAAAUUCAAGUUUGCCAAAUUCAUUGGACAAGUUUACGUAUUAUUCUUAAUCAUUGUCGUUAUUAUUCCAUUGUAUUGUCGAAUUUUACUCGUCGCUCGAAGGCAUGCUCGCAUUAUACGCGUUUCUUUCUCCCAUUUCCAAAUGACCAGCAGAGAUAAAAGAACCGAUUUUCGAGAAACAGAAGUGAAACACAAAGUAGAAACGAACAGCUUGAAAACAGUUGGCAUAAUUGGUACAAUUCUUGUGGUUUCCUGGUUUCCAAAUCUCAUUUUGCCAUUUUUCUAUCGAGCAGGUUUUAAUGGUAAAGAGAUGUUACGAGCGUUUCAAUGGGCAAAUACCUUGGCACUUUGUUCGUCCGCAUGUAAUCCCCCUGUCUACUCAUGGAGAGACAGAAGAUUUCGUAAAGCUUUGAAUACAACUUACAACAAAUGGAAAGCUAGACGAUCUAUUUCCUCAGAUACAGGACCGCAGACACAGUGUAUAUAAACAAUAUAACUAAAACGUUGUACAAAGACUAAAAGCUGCUUAAAGAUGAGGUACUGCUUAUUGUAAACUAUUACGUGAAGGACACAUCAUUAUUAGUAUUAAAUAAUGCGUAGUUUAGAGUAUAUAUGAAUGACAUUAACCAGUGCAUAACAAAAAUAUACUGUAAAAUAAUACAGUGAUGACAUUUAAUGACGAUAAAUAAACAGUAAAUAUAUAUGGGCAA